UUGGACUGUUUGCUGUUCCCCCGAUGACUUCCUCUAUUUCGGCCUGGAUUUGGAGUGAGAGAUUCUGGCUUCCCGAAAAUGUCUCAUGGGCGGACCUGGAGCAUCCACCACCUGGAAUGGAGUAUCCCCGAAUGGGACACAUACUGUACGCCCUGCCGCUGGCUGUCGGUGUUUUUCUACUGAGGCUGCUUUUUGAAAGGCUAGUGGCCAAGCCCUGUGCCCACAUACUUCAGAUUCAGGCGGGAGUGCCUCGGCGAGCUCAGCCCAAUGCUGUCCUGGAGAAGCUGUAUCAGUCCAAAGCGUGUCCAGACACGAGGCAACUGGAGGGACUGUCCAAGCAGCUGGACUGGGAUGUACGGAAAAUACAGAGAUGGUUUCGCAUCCGUCGCAACCAAGACAGGCCCAGUACGCAGAAAAAGUUCUGUGAGAGCAUGUGGCGAUUUACAUUUUACCUGGGGAUUUUUAUCUAUGCCAUUCGCCAUUUGUGGGUGUCACCUUGGAUGUGGGACACCAGAAAAUGUUGGGACAACUAUCCUUUUCAGCCUUUGAGCCCUGGCCAGUACAACCACUAUGUAGCUGAGCUGGCUUUCUAUUGGUCUCUGAUGUUUUCCCAGUUCACAGACAUUAAACGUAAGGAUUUCAUCAUCAUGCUUGUCCACCAUCUGGCAACCAUUAUCCUCAUCACAUUCUCCUAUGCCAACAACAUGCUAAGAGCUGGCACUUUGACCAUGUGUGUGCACGAUGCAUCCGACAUCUUCCUCGAGGCAGCUAAACUCGCCAACUAUGCCAAGUACCAGAGGCUAUGUGAUGGCCUGUUUGUGGUGUUCAGCAUAAGCUUUUUCCUCACUCGACUUGUCAUCUAUCCUUUCUGGAUUGUUAACAGUGUUCUGUUUGAGAGCUGGGAGAUUGUUGGGCCGUACCAGGCCUGGUGGCUGUUCAAUGGGUUGCUGCUGGUUCUGCAGACUCUUCACAUCAUCUGGUUCUACCUCAUCACUCGUAUUGCUAUCAAAGCCAUAUUCAAGGGAAAGGUGUCAAAAGACGACCGCAGUGACGUUGAGAGCAGCUCGGACGAAGAGAUUUAUUCCAGUUGCAGCAAAAAUCCCAGUCAGACUCUAAAGACAAAGGACAGCAGUCACACUGGUAACUUCAACGGAGAAACUCAUGACCACUGAGUACCAAGAAGAGGAUACUGACUU